UAUAAUAUUUAUUUAGAAUUUUCGUAAUUAUAUUAAACCUCGAAAAUGAAGUUCCCCACCACCUUCCUGCUCUUCCUCAGCACCCACCACGCCCUCGCCUUCAGAAACCUAUGCCGAGGCGAACCCGACGACGACGAUAGCGCAUACAUAACAUCCGUCUGCUCACCCGCCACACCACCCGACCAAUCCGCCCCCGCCCCAUGCGCCGCAAUCCAAAACAUAGAAACCGCCUGCUUACCCAACGGAACCUCCCCCCUCGCCCUCGACGCACACGCGCAGUGUCUAUGCGGGGGUAGUUACUUCCCAGAAUGGAUCGGAUGUCGUAAAUGUCUACUUGUACACGGCGCGCUGUCACCGCUUAAUUUUAGUUACUUUACUACUGUGCUGUCUUCUGCUAGUAGUCAAUUAUGCCAAGGUACCCCAAGCGCUGCGUUCGCGACUCUGUUUACGGAGGUGCAGGCUGAGAUACCGGAGCCUACUACGGGGGAUACGGUGCGUACGGAUGCGAGUAGUGGGAAUGCGGCGGUUAGUGUGUAUUAUACGGCGAGUGGACCGCAGGGUCCGGGUGUGAUUACGGGGAGUGCGACGGCGGCGACGGCUACGCCUACGGUGUCUGGAUCAGGGUCUACCGGUGGGGAGUCGCUAAGUGCGGGGGCGAAGUCAUCUACGAAAGCUCCAUCGGCAACAACAUCGAGUUCAAGUAAUGUCGCAGUUCCGACGGGGCCAAGCAGCGGGGGAAAGGGGGCGCUCAUUGCGGCAGUAGUCGGUGGUGCGCUAGCGGUCGCUAUAUAGAGGUUCCAUCACGCAUAGGCUAGUGUCUAGGCAUGCAAUGUAUAAUGUAUGUAGGCAAUCUAAAAGACAUUCAUUAUAGGAACAAAUGACGAUGGGAAGACA